AUGUCAGCUAAACUAUUCGGUUUUGCACAAGGACUUCCAUGGAUUAAGUCAUUAAAAGCAUCAAACGAUGAUGUACAUUCUGAUCGACUUAAUCAUCGCUAUACCGUAGGAUUUUUACUUGUUUGUGCAGUUAUUGCUUCGAGUGCACCAAUUAGCUUAGAACGAAUAUCAUGUUGGGUACCAGCUCAAUUUGUUGGUGCUUAUUCAAAGUAUACAAAUAAUUAUUGUUGGAUUUCAAAUACAUAUUAUAUACCAAGUAAUACAACAGUCCCACACAGUAAAUAUGAUCGAGAACAUGCUGAAAUUGGUUAUUAUCAAUGGGUACCAUUUAUUUUUCUUUUAUUUGCACUAUUUUUCUAUCUUCCACGUAUGCUUUGGCGUUCGAUGAAUACUCGAUCAGGUAUUGAUAUACAAUAUCUUGUAUUGAAAGAGAACAAAAAUACAAUUACUCAAUGUAUUGAAUGUUAUUGUCAACCAAGUGAACAUGAUGUUCGAUUUGGUAGUCGAUUUUGUCGAACUAUAUUUUGUACAAGUGGUAAACGUUUAGGAAAUUAUCUUCGUUCAAUUUAUUUAAUGGUUAAAUUUCUCUAUUUAAUUAAUUCUUUUAUUCAAUUAAUCGUUAUUCAUAUAGUUUUGGGUCAACCAGGAUGGUUUUAUGGUUUUGAUAUAUGGUAUAGUGUAUUCAUAAGAAAUUCUGUUUUAACUGAUUCACCUUAUUUUCCUCGUGUAACUUUAUGUGAUUUACGUAUACGUGAAGUUGGUAAUCUCCAUCGUUAUACAGUUCAAUGUGUUUUACCUAUAAAUAUGCUUAAUGAAAAACUUUUUUCACUUGCUUGGUUUUGGUUUGUUUAUGUGUUUAUAUCAAAUUUAUUUUCAUUUCUUUUUGCAUUAUAUGAUACAAUAAUGGCACGUAGUCGAAUUAGUUUUAUACGAAAUUUGUAUCGAACAAGUUUAUCAAAAUCAUCUAUAGAUGAAAAUUUAUUGGAAAAAUUCACACGAGAUUUUCUUAUGCAAGAUGGUGUAUUAAUUCUUGAGAUAAUUUAUCAUAAUGGACCAGUUUUUCUUGCAACAGAAGUUAUACAUCUUUUAAUUGAAAAUUAUGAAAAACGACAAGAAGAAAUAUCAAGAAAAAUUAUACCAAAAUUGGACAGUAGUGAAGUUUAA